GCCCAGCGUGGGGCGGGCGGGGACCGAAGGGCAGCCCCUGUAAAGUGGCUCGUGCGCCCCCACGCUCGCCUUUCCUCCUCCUCCCCGCCGUGCCCCGCCCAGCCCGGAUUCAGCACAGCGCUGGUCGCAGUCUGACAGGAACGGGACGGAGCCAAGAUGGCGGCGGCCGAUGGCGACGACUCUCUCUACCCCAUCGCGGUGCUCAUAGACGAGCUCCGCAAUGAGGACGUUCAGCUUCGCCUCAACAGCAUCAAGAAGCUGUCCACCAUUGCCUUGGCCCUCGGCGUGGAGAGGACGCGCAGUGAGCUGCUGCCCUUCCUGACAGACACCAUCUACGAUGAGGAUGAGGUCCUCUUGGCCCUGGCGGAACAGCUGGGAACCUUCACCACGCUGGUCGGAGGCCCGGAGUACGUGCACUGCCUGCUGCCACCCCUGGAGUCGCUGGCCACCGUGGAGGAGACGGUGGUGCGGGACAAGGCGGUGGAGUCCUUGCGGGCCAUCUCCCAUGAACACUCGCCCUCCGACCUGGAGGCCCACUUCGUGCCCCUGGUGAAGCGGCUGGCGGGCGGCGACUGGUUCACCUCCCGCACCUCGGCCUGCGGCCUCUUCUCCGUCUGCUACCCCCGCGUGUCCAGCGCCGUCAAGGCGGAGCUUCGACAGUACUUCCGGAACCUGUGCUCAGAUGACACCCCCAUGGUGCGGCGGGCCGCAGCCUCCAAGCUGGGGGAGUUUGCCAAGGUGCUGGAGCUGGACAACGUCAAGAGCGAGAUCAUCCCCAUGUUCUCCAACCUGGCCUCUGACGAGCAGGACUCGGUGCGGCUGCUGGCGGUGGAGGCAUGCGUGAACAUCGCCCAGCUCCUGCCCCAGGAGGACCUGGAGGCCCUGGUGAUGCCCACCCUGCGCCAAGCCGCGGAGGACAAGUCGUGGCGCGUGCGGUACAUGGUGGCCGACAAGUUCACGGAGCUCCAGAAAGCCGUGGGCCCGGAGAUCACCAAGACAGACUUGGUCCCCGCCUUCCAGAACCUGAUGAAAGACUGUGAGGCCGAGGUGAGGGCCGCAGCCUCCCACAAGGUCAAAGAAUUCUGUGAAAACCUCUCCGCUGACUGCCGGGAGAAUGUGAUCAUGACCCAGAUCUUGCCCUGCAUCAAGGAGCUGGUGUCAGACGCCAACCAACACGUCAAAUCUGCCCUGGCCUCGGUCAUCAUGGGCCUCUCCCCCAUCCUGGGCAAAGACAACACCAUCGAGCACCUCCUGCCCCUCUUCCUGGCUCAGCUGAAGGAUGAGUGCCCAGAGGUGCGGCUCAACAUCAUCUCCAACCUGGACUGCGUGAACGAGGUGAUCGGUAUCCGGCAGCUGUCCCAGUCCCUGCUCCCCGCCAUCGUGGAGCUGGCUGAGGACGCCAAGUGGCGGGUGCGGCUGGCCAUCAUCGAGUACAUGCCGCUGCUGGCUGGGCAGCUGGGGGUGGAGUUUUUUGAUGAGAAACUCAACUCCUUGUGCAUGGCCUGGCUCGUGGAUCAUGUCUAUGCCAUCCGAGAGGCGGCCACCAGCAACCUGAAGAAGCUGGUGGAGAAGUUCGGGAAGGAGUGGGCCCACGCCACGAUCAUCCCCAAGGUCUUGGCCAUGUCUGGGGAUCCCAACUACCUGCACCGCAUGACCACCCUCUUCUGUAUCAACGUGCUGUCUGAGGUCUGCGGGCAGGAAAUCACCACCAAGCACAUGCUGCCCACGGUGCUGCGGAUGGCCGGGGACCCUGUCGCCAACGUCCGCUUCAACGUGGCCAAGUCCCUGCAGAAGAUAGGGCCCAUCCUGGACAACAGCACACUGCAGAGCGAGGUGAAGCCCAUUCUAGAAAAGCUGACCCAGGACCAGGAUGUGGACGUCAAGUACUUUGCCCAGGAGGCCCUGAGUGUUCUGUCUCUCGCCUGAUGCUGGAAGAGGAGCCAACACCGGCCUCGUGUCCACAGCCCCACCACGUUCCCUCCUUGGGAGCCAGUGGGGGCCUCUGGCUGUCACUCCCUGUGCAUGGUCUAACCCCAGGCCCCUAACCCAGCACGGUUCCUCCUCUCCCCAGCCUGGGAACCCGACUUCUUACUGUCCGCCUCCCGAGGAGCUGGGGGAGCACCAGGUGGGACAGGGCAGCGACCCUGGGAGGAAGGGGCAGCCACUCCCUCCUCGGGGGAAGGGAGGUGAGCGUCCCAGGUCACUGGUUCCUGCUGCUGUCAUAGGACCCCCUGCCCGGUCCUCCACCUUCCUCCCUCCCCCUCCAGUGGUUUUUUGUGUCAACGGUGCCAUUUUUAUUUUAUUCCUUUCUUUCUCCCUUUUCACAGAGAAAUAAAGAUAUAGAAAUAGC